CCGGCUUACAAGGGUCACAACCGUGCCGUCACUUCGAUUUUUUAGAGAUUCAGCUUGCAACUAACGACUUUGAUGAAUCCUUAGUAAUUGGACGUGGGGGUUUUGGAAAAGUUUACAAAUGUAAUGUUACCAAUGGACCAAGUCUUGUCGAUGCUGCCAUUAAACGCUUGGAUUCCAUGUCCAAACAAGGAGCAGCUUAGUUCUGGACGGAAGUUGAGAUGCUAUCUAAGUUGCGRCACUGUAAUCUUGUGUCUUUGUUUGGWUAUUGUAAUCAUGGAAAAGAGAUGAUCCUUGUAUAUGAAUAUAUGCCCAAUGGUACACUUGAAGAUCAUCUCCAUAAACUUGGYACWCCUCUUUCUUGGAUUCAGCGUCUCAAUAUCUGCAUAGGUGCUGCUCGUGGAUUGCACUACCUACACACUGGUACAGGGAUUCAGGUUGGGGUUAUACAUCGUGAUGUCAAGAGCUCAAAUAUUUUGUUACAUGAAAGUUGGGCAGCUAAAAUUUCAGAUUUUGGGUUGUCCAAAAUCGGCCCAACGAAUCAACCAUCAACUUGUGUCAACACCCUUGUUAAAGGCACUUUUGGGUAUUUAGAUCCUGAUUAUUAUGCAACCGGAAAGUUGACACGGAAGUCUGAUGUGUAUGCUCUUGGCGUGGUAUUGUUGGAAGUGUUGUGUCGGAAGCGUGCUGUGGAUGCAACUCUUGAUGAGGAGCAAUGGAAUUUAGCAAGAUGGGCUCAAGAAUCCAUUAAAGAAGGAAAACUGAAGCACAUAAUUGAUUCUGGUAUAAAGGAUCAAAUAUCCCCAAAAUGUUUGAGAGAGUUUGUUCGAAUUGUAGAGAGCUGUUUGCACAACAAUCCAAAGCAACGCUCUACCAUGGCUGGAGUCGUGGCCAGUCUUGAGUCUGUACUGGCCUUACAAGAGAAAUUCAAUAACUCACUGCAACCUGUAGCCAAUAGAACUAUAUUUGGUUGGAUGGUUGAUAUGUUUCCCGUCCUCACCAAUGGAGAGAGUUCUGCCAAUUCAAAGCAAUCAAGUAAUACCAAGAGCAACAGCAGCAGUGUUGAUAAUGCUGUAGGGUCUAAACACAAUAUGUUUCUGGGCACAAGAGAAGUUCCUACAGAUAACAAAACUACAAGUUUUAAAGAAUUUAAGUUUACUGAUCUGAAAAAGGCUACAAGUAACUUUAGUCCAAAGCUGCAGUUGGGUGAAGGAGGUUUCGGAGGGGUGUUUUUAGGGUGGAUCGACAAGAACACAUUCGCCCCAUCAAAACAUGGUGUUGGAAUUGGUGUUGCUGUCAAAAGGCUCAAUGGAGAAGGAGUUCAAGGACAUGCUGAAUGGCAGGCAGAGGUGAGCUUCCUAGGACGGUUAGCUCAUCCAAAUAUCAUUCGUCUCUUGGGAUACUGCAGUGAUGAACAAGAAUUAUUGCUUGUUUACGAGUACAUGCAGAACAGAAGUUUUGAUCGCUUAUUAUUCACAAAUGCAACACCACUUUCAUGGUUAACACGCCUUAUGAUAAUGACAGGAGUUGCCCGUGGACUUGCUUAUUUGCAUUCAUCAACACCUCAAGUCAUAUUGCGUGGUGUUAAAACCUCUGAUAUAAUGCUAGAUCAAGAUUUUAAUGCAAAACUGGGGGAUUUUGGGUUAGCAAAACGUGGUCCUGAAAUCGGGGAAACACAUGUCACUACAAGAGUUAUGGGAACCUAUGGCUACGCAGCCCCUGAGUACAUGGCGACUGGUCAUUUGACUGCUAAGAGUGAUAUCUAUGGUUUUGGAGUGGUCUUGCUAGAAACUCUAACCGGUCUACGGGCAAUGGACAAGAAUCAGCCCAGUGAGCAUCCGAACUUGGUAGAAUGGAAAAAGCCAAUGCUAGCAAGAAGAAACAAGCUAAAGGGAAUUAUGGAUCCACGUCUUGGACAGAAUUACCCCCUAAAAGCUGCUUCCAGAUACGCGGAACUCACAUCAAAAUGUCUUGCAAUGGAACCUAGGCUUAGACCUUCAAGUGAAGAAGUUUUGCAGAGUUUGGAACAAAUAUAUUCCAUUAACUAAGUAAAAGGACAACUUAAGAGACAGUGAUACACAAAUGCUUAUGAGAUGUAAGAAGACAAUGCUUAUACAGAUGGCGAAAACGGAGAGAAGUCGAUGGAGUGGUGGGUUUGGUUGUGUAAUGGUGUGAUGCAUAUAAGGAGUGAUGAUCGGAACUUGAAUCCUGUAGCUUCUAAGUUUUUAUCACCAUCUGCAAAUUCUGUUUCAGAGUUUGAAGAUGAAUCUAGUGUUCCACAGCUCUAGUUCCUCGUUACUAAGCAGGUGUUCAUCAGAUUGUUUUGGGCUCUUGUUAUUUGAAUAUUUUUGGGUCCUCAUGUUUUUUGGAGUAUGGGUUUGGAGGAAUGCGAAAGGAAAUUAAUUAAAAUAG